UCCACAGACACAGAAAUGAAAUUGAGUUUGACAGUUGUGUUUUUUAAACACAGCGUCAGUAAACAUUUAGUAAGUCUGUUUUACGGAAAGUAACAUCAUUGCAUGUGGACAACAUGAACAUCAGACAGCUGGAACCACAACAAGCUCAGUAACAUUACCGAAUGCGUUUUUGCUCUGGAAUAUUGACCAACUUCACUAUUUUUGCUAUUAGCAGUCAUUUUUUAGCAAUGCUAAACAACAACAGCGUAACAUAGCUAAUGCAAGCGACAACACUUCCUCGCUCCAGCUAGUUAGACAGGUCUGCGUUAACUGUCAUGGCUGUGGAGGACAAACCUGCCUCCGGAAGAAUGAUAGUCCGACAUCUGAUAAACUUUGGGCUCAAUCCUGCAGCAGUGGCUUAUGCCAUGACUACACUGGGAUCUGGCAUGAUAAACAACAUCUUUAGCUUCUACUAUGUCAAACUCUUUCUCAAUAAGUACAAGAUAUCAGAGGGAGCAUUCCACCAAUCACAAGUGGUGUACAUGGUGUGGAAUGCAAUCAAUGACCCCCUCUUUGGCUACAUGCAAGAUAAUUCCAGGGUGCCCUGCUGCUCUCAGCGACGUCUCUCCAUCCUGUAUGGUGCUCCCCUCUACUCGCUGGCCUUUCUUCUAGCCUGGUUCCCAUGGCAGACCUACGCCCCUGGUGACUGGUUGAGCGGCUUACACUUGAUGGUGGCGCUGUGUGCUUUUGACGGCAUGCUGACUUUUGUGCUGCUGGCACAAUGUGCAUUGUUUGCAGAGAUUUCCAGCCACCAUCAGAGCCGACUAAGACUUGUAAAGUACAACCAGGUAGCUUCUCUCAUUGGUUCCUCCAGUGUCCUCUUCUGUGGUGUGCUGACCAGAAACAUGGAGGACUUUGCGUCCUUCCAAGCCUUCACAGUGCUGAUUGCUAUCCUGAGCUGUGGCUGCAUGCUCUACACGGGCCUCCACAGUGAGAGCCGCUUUGAUAACAAAGGACCUGAUUUAGAUGUAGAUGAUGCUGAUGACCAGACCUCCCAUCAAUCAGCAUUUUCCUUCUCCAUGUUAAAAUCUUUGACGUGGCAAAUUAUGAGCAACAGGGACUUCCAGCUUUUUGUGUUCAUGAACUUCUUCCAGGUUUUUAUGUUAGCUUUCUUUAAUAAUUUUACCAUGAUAUUUGCUGAGCACCUGAUUCCUCCAGAUGUGCUUCCAUCACUGGCCAAGAGCAUUAUGUACGGAGCAGGAUUCAUCUGUCCACAGCUGUUAGUAUUGAGCUGUCAGAGUCAGCUCCACACUCUUGGCUACUACAGGAUCAUCCUCUUCACCUUCUACACAGAGGCUGCAAUGGCGGCUAUCAUGCUCACACUCGGUCCUCAGCACUACUAUAUCCUGGCAUUUUUCCUCACCGUUAACAUGGUCAUAAUCCAAGCAGCCUUCAGUCUUUUUGGCUUGCCUUUGGCUGACAUCAUUGACACAGACCUGCAGAAGUACAAGCGCAGUUCCCCUCUUUCAUCUAUGGUGUUUGGGACGAAUGCACUGUUCACUAAGCCGGCUCAGUCGCUGGCCCCUAUGAUAGUUCUCAAUAUCCUCAACCAGUUUGGAUAUGAACAGCUGAAAGACGCAGGAAGGGAUUCAAAUCCAAGCGCUUCGGAGAGCCUCCACAGUGUCAUGUUCUAUUUGGUGUGUGUGGUGCCCAUGUGUGUCGCUGCUCUGCAAGCCCUUGUGUGGAGGCCGUUUUCCAUGCGCAGCAGUCACACAGUUGACAUAAAGUACAUUGACGGCUAACUUCAAUAUUUUCAGCAUUCAGAGUGAGCUGGUUGAUAUUUUUUUCAGCUGGGAUUUGGGAAAAUUCUUUAUUGAUUAAGUAUGAGGUUAUGUUAAAAGUAAUGUGUUAAUGUCUUUUUCCAGUCACUGAUUGUUACUGUCACUGACUCAACUGCAGCUAAUUUCCUCAGAAGGCAGGUGAAAAAUACUACUUUGUUCUUAAUGGAGGAAUUUGUAAAAUGAAUGUAAAUGGAAAAGUCGCUACAGAAAUUGUUGAGUGGCAUCUUGAAACAGUCAACUGGCAGUUGAAAUUAGGAGUGGGUGUCUUCCAUUAAAAAUAAGAUCCAAUAAAAAUAGUGUUAGCAGCUAAAUGUUAUAGCUCUUGAACCAAGACAGAAGCUGAACAUUAAAUGGCUACUUACUGUA